AUGGUUACGAGUGAAAUGCCUAGUGUAAAGGGUUAUUCUAAACUGAAUGAUAAUGAGGGAAGUCUGCCUACCGAAUUGGAAUUUGAAUUGACAGAUUUUGAUGUUGAACCAAUGAGGAAAGAGAACACUGUCGAACCAAGAUACAAUGAAGUUGAAGCAAAUUCGAAUGAACACAGCAUAGUGACAAAGCUGAUACGAGAAAAUGAAAAGAAGUCCACAAUGCGCUGGGCAUUUAUGAAUAUGGCAAAUAGCAUUCUAGGGGCAGGAGUGAUUGGACAACCAUUUGCAAUCAGGAACUGUGGUAUUAUUGGCGGAUUAAUGGCUUUCAUCGCCCUAUCUUUCCUUGUAGACUGGACUUUGAGACUCAUCGUUAUUAAUCUAACGGUAGCCAGUAAGAAAACAUAUCAAGACACUGUCGAGCAUGUUAUGGGACGGAAAGGCAGAUAUUUGGUGCUUUUUUCGAACGGACUCUUUGCUUUUGGUGGUUGUGUCGGGUUUUGCAUUAUUAUUGGAGAUACUAUUCCACAGGUUCUUAGAGCUUUCCUCGGUUCUUCUCACUUUCUUCUGAGAAGGAAUGUCAUCAUAACACUUGUUACGCUGUUUAUUUCGUACCCGCUUUCUUUGCAGAAGAACAUCGAGGCGCUCUCCAGGGCAUCGUUCUUAGCGCUCCUAAGCAUGGCUAUGAUUGUCUUCAGCGUCAUCAUCCGAGGGCCAAUGGUGGAAAGAACCUUAAAGGGCUCCAAACUGACUCUCGAAAAUAUUUUCUUUACGCCUAGAAUUUUUCGUGGUAUUUCGGUGAUAUCUUUUGCAUUGGUGUGCCACCAUAAUACCAGUUUCAUCUUCUUCUCAAUGAAAAACAGAAGUCUACAAAAAUUUUCCAGAUUGACACAUAUAAGUGUUUGCGUUUCAAUGAUUUUCUGCAUGGUUUUAGGUUACUCUGGUUACUCUGUGUUCAGAGACGCAACAAAAGGCAAUAUCCUCAACAAUUUUCCUGAAAACGAUAUAAUGAUCAACAUUGCUCGAUUGUGCUUCGGAUUUAACAUGCUCACAACAUUCCCAUUAGAGAUCUUUGUUUUGAGAGACGUGAUAGGGGCUCUUUUUAUAUCGCAAAACUCUACGGAUAAUGUUGAGUCUGACAGCAUGUCAGCGGUAAGGCAUUUUGUUAUAACAACGACGUGCGUCUUCUCAACGAUGUCAAUAGCUUUGACCACCUGCAAUUUGGGCGCAUUGUUCGAAUUGAUUGGCGCUACGACGGCUUCGACAAUGGCGUAUAUUUUGCCGCCUUACACAAAUCUAAUCUUGACAAAAGAAGCCAAGACUAUGCGACAGAAAACUCCUCAUUAUAUGUCAAUCGCUUUUGGAUUCCUUAUCAUGAUUGUUAGUAGCACUCAAACGAUAACCGAGUCUCUCAGAGAUGGAGAGCAAAAGCAUUGCAACUUUUAA